AUGAUAAAGUUAUGUAGUCUAGUCCAUAUACAGCUGACUGUAUUAUUAAGUACUUUGGUGCAAUAGCACACCAUUGCACGCCUUGGCACCACAAGGAGUGCGAUUCAUUGCACCCCUGCCAUUUUAUUCCCAGCAUGGCCUGUUAUUAGUUGCCAAAUUUUUUGCCUUCUGUUCUUCACCUUUUUUGAAGAUGGAUUAAUUGAUGUAAUAAUAUGUAUAUAUAUAUGUAAUAGAAUGUAUUCAGGUAACUGUUGUGUUUUUCACCUCAACAGUCAUAUAAGAAUAUAAAUAAACUGUUUGCUACAAAUUUUCCAUAUCAAAAUUUUCAACAUCCAACUACAAAAACAACUCAAAGAACAAUGCUAUUAAAAUUGUACAUUCAGUCAUAGAAAUUGUGUUCAAUCAAGCAUUGUGAUUAACACCUUUAAAUAAAAGGGUCUUUUCUAAAACUGCAACAGUAUAUAACUAGUUGAAUGUAUUGAAAUGAAAAUCAUUAUCUUGUUUUAGCAUUAUCAAAAAUCUAACCACUUGUUUUUAUGUUUGUAGAGAUGACAAAAAUAAAGCAAGUUGAAAGGACUGCAAAUAUAGCAUGGAGCCCAGCAAAGCAACAUCCAAUUUAUUUGGCUGCUGGUACUGCUGCUCAACAGUUAGAUGCUACCUUCAGCACUACUGCUGCCUUGGAAAUUUUUCAUGUGGAUUUUGCCAACAGUGAUGUGGAGAUGUCAGUUGCUGGCUCUCUCCAAUGUAGCCAAAGGCUUCACAAAGUUAUCUGGGGCAGCCAUGGGAUUCAAUCAAAUGAGCAUGAAUCUGGAAUAAUUAUUGGUGGCACUGACAAUGGACAUAUAUAUGUUUAUGAUGCAGCAAAGAUAAUUGCUGGGGAAGACGAUAAUGCCCUUAUUUAUCAGUUGGAUAAGCACACAGGUCCUGUCCAAGCAUUAGAUCUAAACAAUUUUCAAGAGAACUUGCUCGCUUCAGGUGCUAAUGACUCUGAAAUAUACAUUUGGGAUUUGAAGAAACCAGAAAGCCCUCUUACACCAGGGGCAAAGAGCACACCUUUAGAUAACAUUAGCUGCGUACACUGGAACAAACAGGUGCAGCACAUAAUGGCAUCAUCGUCUCCAUCUGGACGAGUGGUAGUAUGGGAUUUGAGGAAAAGCGAGCCAAUUAUUAAGGUUGGGGAUACUUCAGCCAUGUUGCAUUGUAAAUCGAUGGCUUGGCAUCCAGAAGUUGCAACUCAAAUGGUCAUUGGAAAUGAGGAUGAUAGGUAUCCUGUUAUACAGCUUUGGGAUUUAAGGUUUGCUACUUCACCAAUGAAAGUCAUGGAAGGGCAUCAAAGAGGUAUUCUUUCACUAGAUUGGUGUCCGCAAGACCCAGACCUCUUGAUGAGCUGUGCAAAGGACAACCGUAUCCUUUGUUGGAACCCAAACACCAGUGCACAAAAUGGAGAGAUAAUAUAUGAAUUACCAACGACAUCACAGUGGUGUUUUGAAGUCAGUUGGUGUCCAAGAAAUCCAGGUGUGAUCUCAACUGCAUCGUUUGAUGGUCAUGUUACCGUCAGUUCUGUUAUGGGAAGCGGCGCAGCCUCAUCAAACGUUCCAGACAAGGUUGCUAGUUCAUUUGGUGGGGAUGCAUUUGCAGGCCAAGCUCAAGUAGCAAGUCAACAACCAGCUGCUGAACCUUUAAAGAAGCCACCGAGGUGGAUGAGAAGGCCCUGCGGUGCAAAUUUUGCCGUGAGUUCAUGGUCCAUUUGUUUUCAAAUCUUCAUUAUUUGUCGUGACUUACUACAAGGCGUAAUAGGGUCCACAGUGAAGUUUAUUUUCUUCUCUUUCGUGGGAAGGUACUGUCUUAGGCCUUUUGUACUUAACAUUUUCUUAUUUUCAAAUUUUCAGGUUAUUAUUUUUCUUAUAAAAUAGAAUAGUUAGAUUUAU